GACGAGCGACGGCGACCGGGCACGACAUCUCAUCCGCGGUGAACCAACACACGUACACACACACACACACAUACUCACGUCGGCCCGCGAGUUGCGUUUUGCAAACGUUUUCAGUGCGAUUCGAACGACGGCCGCGGAUGCAGGGACGGCGGCGGACUGUUGGAGUCGUGUCGCAAUAGUUAGACACGACGACCGAAACGACAUCACAUCGUCGAUAUAUUCAUGCACGCCAGAUCACGAACUAUUGACACGUAUCGGACGUACUUGCGUUUCACGAUCCAAAUACAUCACGAACCGGCACAGAGACUUAACACGAAGUGCAAUAGCAGAAUUCAACGGCAGAGCACGCGAUAUAUAGCUGGUAUCUCGUCCGCGCGUUCCAUCAUCGAGCCGACAGUACACACCGUGUUCGCUGGAAAACCUGAGGUGGAAGGUGAAACGGUGGCCGCCGAUGUCGUAUCUCCGGAGAGCCGUUCGGACACCGCCGGUCGUGUGUUCCACGCGGAAAUCAUAAGCAAUAAUAAUACGAAUAACGACGAUUAGUAAUGAUAAAAUAUUACGAACCGUUAUUAUUAUAUUGUUAUUACCUGCAGUCGAGCGGGCCGUUUAAAAUUUAAGGCGACGACACAACAGUGUAUUUAUUAAUUUCUACGCCACACACCAGAAGAACCCGUUACCGCAAACGCAACAGUUAUAUAUAGUGAGUAAAAACAAAUUUAAAAAAAAAUUUCUAAUAACGUACCAGCCGAAAAAGUACUUAAUAAUAUAAUCAUUAAUAUUGUAUUAUAUUAUAUUAUAUUAUUAAACGCGUGUGUACCUAUAUAAUAAUAUAUAUAUAUAUUUUUUUUUGGUCGUUCUCACACUGUCGAAAAUAGGUGAAGGUAUACAAAUGUGUAUAAAUUAUUGAAUAAUUAUUAUUAUUACAUGAUGAUAAUAUUGUUGUAUAUACGUGAAAAAAAUUAAACUAUUUCGUUAAACACGUUCUGUCAAAACCAA